GCAGUGAAGGAAGAUGGCAGCCCAGAGCUUCCCCACGCCAUUGCACGGGCACGUGAAAGGCGGUGCCUUCAGCGACGUGUAUGAGCCCGUGGAGGACGUGUUUCUGCUUCUGGACGCUAUCCAGGUAGCGGCUGCUGAGCUGGCGGGAGUGGAAAUACGCCUGGAAGUGGGGUCUGGUGUAGUAUCUGCAUUCCUAGCCUCUAUGAUAGGUCCUCAGGCUUUGUACAUGUGCACUGAUAUCAACCCUGAGGCAGCAGCUUGUACGCUAGAGACAGCACGCUGUAACAAAGUCCACAUUCAACCAGUUAUUACAGAUUUGGUCAAAGGCUUGCUGAGAUUGAAGGAAAAAGUUGAUCUUCUGGUGUUUAAUCCCCCCUAUGUAGUGACUCCACCUGAAGAGGUAGGAAGUCACAGAAUAGAGACAGCUUGGGUUGGUGGCAGAAAUGGUCGGGAAGUAACGUGCAGGCUUUUCCCCCUGGUUCCAGCUCUCCUUUCACCAAAAGCAUUAUUCUAUUUAGUUACCAUUAAAGAAGACAACCCAGAAGAAAUUUUGAAAAUAGUGAAGACAAAAGAUCUGCAAGGAACCACUGCACUUCCCAGACAAGCAGGCCAAGAACCUCUUUCAGUCCUCAAGUUCACCAAGUUCUAGCAUACAAUGUGUGCCCAGAGCUACUGGAAACUGAAUGCAUUUAGCAUAUCUUGAAACUGAAGUCAUUCAUUAGGUAAAAAGGAAUUUUAUCAGAAAUUUGUCACUGAAAAAAAGGUAGAAAGGUAGAACAUUCCCUUUCACUCAGGCCUGUGUAAUUAUUUGCACAAGUACAAGUAAAUAUGUAUAUUAUAUUUAUAAUUUGCAUUUUAAAUAUAAAAGUUAUGUAUGAAAUAUUUAUUUCAGCAUUAUUUAGUAAGGUGACAGAAUUGAUCUGGCAAAUGUCUUUUUUUUCAUACCAGUCCAUAAAGGCAGUUUGCUUUCA